AUGUUCCUCCGUCUGCCGGCCAGCCUCCACUACCCGAUUACCGUCACAUCGUUGUUGAAGCAGCCGGGAGACCCGGUGCAACGGGAUGAGGCGCUAUUCUGGUAUGUAUAUCAGACGAUUGUCACGGAGGGUGAUGGUCUAGGCAACAAGGUUGAGGUGAAGCGGAGCUUUCCUACAAAGUUCGAGUCGACUGUGGAUGGCGAAAUCGUCCGGUGGAACGUCACAAAGGGCGAUGUCAUCGAUGAGCCGGUUGACGUUGUGGAGAUCGACGAGCCAUGUGCGCACGAGGUGCAGUUUGGAGGUCUUUGCGCAGAAUGCGGCAAGGAUAUGACUGAAGCUACGUACAAUACCGAGGUUAUGGAUUCGAUGCGCGCACCCAUUAAGAUGGUCCACGAUAACACAACCCUCACGGUGAGCGAAAGGGAGGCUACCCGCGUGGAGGAAGAUGCGAAGCGCCGAUUGUUAGCGUCGCGGAAAUUGUCGCUUGUGGUGGAUCUGGACCAGACCAUCAUCCAUGCCACCGUCGAUCCGACCGUUGGAGAAUGGAUGGAGGAUAAGGACAACCCGAACCACCAAUACCUCAACGACGUCCGAGCGUUCCAGUUGGUGGACGACGGCCCCGGUAUGCGUGGCUGCUGGUACUACAUUAAGCUGCGGCCUGGGCUGCAACAGUUUCUGGAAAACGUGGCCAAGAUCUAUGAACUGCACAUCUACACAAUGGGGACUAGAGCCUAUGCGCAGAGCAUUGCAAACAUUGUAGAUCCAGACCGCACGCUCUUUGGGGAUCGGAUACUGAGCCGUGACGAGAGCGGCAGUCUGACUGCUAAGAAUCUCCAACGGUUAUUCCCCGUGGACACCAAGAUGGUGGUCAUCAUCGAUGACCGUGGUGACGUUUGGCGAUGGAACCCCAACCUUAUCAAGGUCUCUCCAUACGAUUUCUUUGUGGGCAUUGGCGAUAUCAACUCUAGCUUUUUACCUAAGAAACAAGAACUCGAGAACCCCAACAAGCCGAUCGCCGCCAAAGCAGCAGCAGCAGCAGCAGCAACUGACAACACCCCACCCGAACACCAUGUGAAUGGAACAACCAUCAAGCCCGAGCUGGGUGGGAUAUCGGCGCUGGAGCAGCUCGUCACCAUGGGCGGAGGGGACAAUCCCCGGCUCUUGCAAGAACAAGCCACCGCGCAAGAGGAGACAAUCAUGCAUCAGGUGGAAGACCGCCCGUUGCUUCAGAAGCAAAAGGAACUAGACGCCGAGGAUGAGGCAGCCGACCGACCCGAUUCUUCUCAGAGUGUGGACGAGUCGCAAGAUCUGAGUAGACAACACCGGCAUCAUCUGCUAGAGGACAACGACCGGGAACUGUACCUGUUGCAAGAGCGGCUGCAGCAGGUCCACCGGAAUUUCUAUGAGGAGUAUGACCGCAAACGAUCACGUUCCCUCGGCGGACGAGUGGCUGCGCUGCGGGGCGAAAAGACGCAAGUGAAAGAGAAGGAUGUAGAUCUGAAGCUGGUGCCAGACGUCAAGGAUGUCAUGCCGCAGAUCAAGCGGCAGGUCCUGGGCGGGGUUGUCAUGGUCUUCUCGGGCGUCUUACCCCUGGGUACCGACAUGCAGAACGCCGACAUCUCUCUGUGGGCCAAGAGUUUCGGAGCAGUGCUUGCGCCCAAGAUCACAUCGCGAACGACCCAUCUUGUGGCCGGGCGGAACCGCACCGCCAAGGUCCGCGAGGCAACGCGGUACCUCAAGAUCAAGAUCGUGACGACGCAGUGGCUGGUCGACUCGCUUACGCAGUGGAAACGCCUCGACGAGACACCCUACCUUCUACCCGUGCAUCCGGAUGACCGGGGGGAACCCAUCUCGCCUGACUCCAAGGAAGCAGCGGAGAGCGCCUGGCUGUCGACGACCGAUGACGAGACAAAGGAGUUUUGGACAGAAGACGAGGGUGAGGGCAUGUCCGAGUCGACCAACGAGAUCUUCAAGUCCACCGGCCUCACGGAGGUUUCUCCGAUCGGCUACGACGCCGACCAGCAGGCUGCAGUGCAUGAAGAGCUCAAGGAGUUCCUGGGAAGCGACGACGAGAGCGAGAGCGAGACCGAGGCGCCCGGCAGUGAACAACAGCAGCCCCCCGUGACACCGAGCAAGAAGCGUAAACGUGGCGAUACCGAUGAAGAGGGAGAUGAAGAAGACCAGGACCAGGACCAGGACAUCGUCGAGGAGAAAGAUCAGUUGUCGACCGUGCCGACGGGAGGCGAAGGGGGGGAGAAGACCAGCGACGCACACGCAUCGGCCGGCGGCGGCUCACGCCUCGCGCAGCGUAUCAGACGGUCGUACGAGCGAAGCACGAGUCUCAAAGAGGUGGCCACCGCCAGCAGCAGCAGUCCGGGCAGGACGACGACGACAAUAACAACGCCCUCCUCGGCCAUGGACGUAACUGACACGCCGACUCCUGAUGAUGGUGAUGGUGGUGGUGGUGGUGAUGAUGAAGAGCGGCCAGAUCCGGGGGCGGCGAGCGUGACGUAUCCGGAGGACGAGGACGACGAACUAGAACGAGAGAUGCUGGCUGCACUUGAGGAUGGCGAUUACGACGAGAUGGCAGAGGGGAAGAUUGCGGCCGAGAACGGAUAG